UCUGAAUUUGAUGUGGCGCUAGCAGAGAGAGGAGUGUGGAGAAAUUAGCGCGGCUGAAAAUGCACUAGUAAACAUUCGGACCUUGAACUCUUUGCUUCCCUCGCAGCUAUCAACAGCAUCACCACCUUCAUCCCACAUCAUCUCGACGCUGUCCUUCGAUUCGUCAAGAUGUCAAACCCACAGGAUGCAUGGAAGAGGCUUCAACGGAUGGCCAGUCAGGCUGGCAAGACUGGUGGCCCUUCACCAAAGGGAAUGGCCGGAGGAGUCGGAGGUCUGAUUCUUCUGGGAGGAGCUUUAAUGGUCGGAAACAAUGCGCUUUUCAACGUCGAUGGUGGUCACAGAGCUAUCAAAUAUACGAGAGUAGGCGGUGUGAGCAAGGAGAUCUACGGGGAAGGAACUCAUUUCAAGAUCCCAUGGUUUGAGACUCCGAUAGACUACGAUGUGCGAGCGAAGCCACGCAAUGUUGCUUCUCUUACUGGAACAAAGGAUCUGCAGAUGGUGAACAUUACAUGCCGUGUCCUCUCGAGACCACGAGUUGAUGCUCUUCCACAAAUAUACCGAACGCUUGGCACAGACUACGAUGAGAGAGUUCUACCUUCAAUCGUCAAUGAGGUGCUGAAGAGCGUGGUGGCACAGUUCAAUGCUUCUCAAUUGAUCACUCAGCGUGAGAACGUUGCGAGAUUGGUUAGAGAGAACCUGUCGAAGCGUGCGGCGAGAUUCGAUAUCAUGUUAGAUGAUGUCUCUUUGACACACCUCGCAUUCUCCCCAGAAUUCACAGCCGCCGUCGAAGCCAAGCAAGUAGCUCAACAAGAAGCCCAACGAGCCGCCUUCGUCGUCGACAAAGCCCGACAAGAGAAGCAAGCUAUGGUCGUCCGCGCCCAGGGAGAAGCCCGCUCUGCUGAGCUUAUUGGAGAUGCUAUCAAGAAGUCCCGCUCAUACGUCGACUUGAAGAGAAUCGAGAACGCCCGAGCGAUUGCACAGAUCUUGCAGGAUGCUGGUGGUAGAAAUAAGGUGUACUUGGAUUCCGAGGGCUUGGGUCUGAACGUCGUGGAGGGGUAUGAGGAUAAGAAUAAAAAGUAAUGGAUGGGUCGGUAAUUGGGGAGGCAUGGAUGGAAAGACAAAACUCUCCACUGUAUUCGAGCGAUAGCCGUGUAUUUUAUAUUGAAAGAUGCUUGCACUGUGUAUGUGGAGCUUGGUCUGGAUUUUUGACUUUCUUGAUUGAUGUCCUGUGUGAGGUUAUCAGUUGUGGUGCAUAGGACACCACUUGAGUGUUUGAGCUGUGUAUGGAGUGGCCUCAUACCAUUUCAGAACCUCUGGCUUUCCGAGCCCCGAACAAAAAAAAACAUUGAGACAGGCGCAGCUCAACAUGGGCUCAACAUGGACGAAAGUCAUGCCACGAUCACCAGAGACAUCUCGGAACCAAAAUGCGCACACUUGUAACACAACAGAGUUCUCCAUGUCAACUUGAUGUACAGUGAGUCGGAAGUUGGGCUUCAGAUUCUCCGCUUAAUAUGACCUUGUCAGCAUAAUCCAAAUUCAAACUUAC